AUGGCAACCUUCAAUGCGGAGCAAUUACAACAGCUAAAACACAUAUUUGAGCGGUUUGAUAUGGACUCGGAUGGAAGCCUAACACAACUCGAGCUCGCGGCAUUAUUAAGGUCCCUAGGGGUGAAACACACGGGUGACCAAAUAUAUGCAUUGUUAACAAAUAUGGACUCAAAUGGCAAUGGUUAUAUUGAGUUUGAUGAGCUAACUCGAGCCUUAUUACCUGAGCUUAACCAACAUGACAUUUUGAUCAACCAAGAACAAUUAUUGGAGGUUUUCCGGUCGUUUGAUCGCGACGGUAAUGGAUACAUCACGGCAGCAGAGCUGGCAGGAUCAAUGGCAAAGAUGGGUCAUCCUUUAACGUACAAAGAAUUGGCUGAAAUGAUGAAGGAAGCUGAUACAAAUGGAGAUGGUGUUAUUAGUUUUAAUGAGUUUGCUUCUAUUAUGGGUAAAUCUGCAGCUGAAUUGUUUGGCCUAAAUAAUGCUAGUCCUGUUUCUACCCAAUAAAUGGAUUCGAUUCAUUAGUUUGUGGGUGUUAUGAAUUUCCUUGGAUUUGUGUCUUUUAAUGACAAAUUUUAAUUGGAAUGGUUUGUCUAAUCA